AUGGGCAAGAGGCUGUCUGACCUCGAGGCUGAGGUCAGCGAGCUACGUGAGGCAGUUGACAAGCUCUCGUUGACUGUCACUCGACUGAGACGAGAGGUGGCUGAGCAGCGAGGUAGGCGCAGCUCAGAAAGCGAUCGGGGAGAAGAGGACCGCCUGUCUGACGAGUCCUAUUCGGUCGUGGGCGCUAGGCAAGCACACCUGAGCGGAUCCCCUGGUGGCCUUCGUGGUUAUCCUAGUUCCCCACCAGAUUGCUCGCAGCAAAAGUCAGGUGGGCCUUCGACCUCAGCUCUGCCGGCGGCUCGGGACCUCAGCUGGGCACAACGCGAAGAGAUCGCGGCUGGCAUUGGCAGGUUCUUCACCCGCUGCCUGACUGGCAGCCACCGUGGUUCCAGCGGGAGGGACAAGAUUCCUCUUGCCUGUCGGCUUUGGGUGGUUGUUCGAGAUUAUCACGGUCAGGUUCAUUCCCCUGUUCGAGGCAGCGCUCCGCCUCCCUUCUUGUUGACAGACGGGAGGCUUGUGGCAAGUGAAGAAGUUGUGGUUCAGCUCUACUUUGACGACCUUGAGGAAGGCGACGUGGCCUUCCCCUUGCUGUUGAUUGCUGAGUUUGAAAACAAACCUCUUGUGGCGGUUCCCUUCCCUGCAUGGCAUCGAAGUGUGAGCCGCAGACAGAUGCAGGCUGGUGCGCUCUCGAAGCCCGCUGUGUUGGAAGUACUGGCCGCCAACGCUUCGGACAAAGUGAUUUUGAGCCCGGAACACUACAUCAAAUGCUGGGUCGGCUAUCUUCAGCCGGAUCUCUUAGUACGCCUGCAGCCGCUGACGGAUUACGAGGACUGCAGCUUCACUUUUGGUGUAGUAGAGGGCGGUUAUGUCAUCCCGGCGAUAGAGAGCUUGGUGUCUGCGGCCAACGACCAUUUUGCGUUCUUCUCUGCUGGCGAUGGAGUGAGCGACCCCGGCGAAGCACUCGAGCCGGAGCUGAUUCAGGGCGACGAAGGAUCUGGGUCGGCAAGCUUGGGAGCGCGUGUCGAUGCGAUCGAAGCCACGUUGGAGACCCUCUCCGAGGGAAUGCACCAAUUGCUCACGAAAGUUCCGGGCGGCGAGCAAACCACUGCACCUCGUCAGCCUGCCCUUCGCAAGACGGCGGUCGUCAGGGAUGUCAAGUCCAAAGACGCUCAACCGAAAGUUCAUUUCCCUCACCUGGAUGCAGGGGUAGUGGAGGCUGCUCUCCAAGCUGGCAUACCCACUCGCAGUUUGGCCAUGAUGGAGAAACUGGUGACUCAGAAUGUCAAGGCGAAGAGAGUUGUAGACGAGCGACCGAGUGUUGUUUUGGGCGACCCCCUGUCGGAAGAGGAGGAGGACGCAGGCGCUCAGCGUCUGGCUGCAGAAGAAGAGUCUGGUGGAGUUCCGGCGGACCCCAUGGCCGCCACGCUUUCCAAGCUGACGAGCAUUGUUUCCUUUUUAGCAGAGGACAAGAAGAGGGCGAAAGGAGCUUCGAAACUAGACUUGGCGCUGGACAGCGCACAGGGUUCAUCUGCAUCCGACGGGUUCAGCCUUGGGGCGGGCAAGAAGACGGCGGCAGCACGCAGAGCACUGCGGACAGCCUUGACCGAUCAUCCGGAGGAGAUUCAUGGCUGCAUCGAGCGACUGAUGUACGAAGACCUGUCCUCGCAGACGUUGGGGCCUGGUCAGCCACCUUGGGGUCUCAAUGCCCGAGUGGGGCGCAUUGCAGCUAUAGACAAGGGUUCAUGGACGCUUGCAGCCGAGCUCAGUUUGGAGCAGAUUCCUCCCAUGUCGGUGCUUGCAACACACCAAGGUCCAAACGUGCAGGACGGGGAGAGCCCGUUCAGUCGCCUGCUAGAUUCCCGCUGGGCAGAGGUGACCUUAGGCCAUCUUCGAGAUCAAGAGGAGUUUUUGACAAGGAGGAAGAACAUCGGGAAGAACCUCGGCAAGACGGGCAAGGAAGAAUUGCUGCUGAAGACCAAGAGUGGCUUUCAAGGUUUUUUGUCAUCCAUCGUACAGAGCCCUGCUAGAGACGAUCUAGCGACAUCAAUGCCGGGUGCCUCUACAUGGCCACUUCCGCUCCCUUACCCUGAGGUAUUCAGACAAUUCGUGACGGCAGCAGACAUGGGCCGAGCAGCUGGCAAAGUUGAAGAUUUCCAAGAUAGCCUGGAUGCGUUGGCCAGAGCAGCUGUUGCCUUGCAUGGUGAGUUUGGAGGCUACUCUUUCAUGAAGCCUAGCAGAGAUGGAUGCUCAGCAGAGUCACAACUUUUGCGUGCAGGCCGAGUGGUGGGAAGAGCUGACAGAAACCCGGUAGUCACGGCGAAGCCCUUGAUUGCCAAAAGGUUGAACUUCCCGCCCGCACCUGCAUUUGAUCCGGUUCCUUUUUUCGACCCUUCUACAACAGAACGAUAUGUGCGUCCAAUCUCACGAGGGUAUCGCCCAGAUGAAGUUUCAGAGCUUCCGCCGUUGGUGCAAGUACGGGCCAACAGUUCAGAGAAGGUGGCUUUGUAUAGGAAGCUGGCUGACUCUGGCCGGCUCCGGCCAAUUGACAGCAGCAGUUUUCAUCAUGGCUACUGCUCUGGCCUCUUUGCAGUGGUGAAAGAUCAGCACAGAGACCGCAUGAUACUGGAUGGCCGACCUGCAAAUCUCCUUACUAAGGGACGGUGUAAAACCAUGGCUUCGGGACUCGCCUUGAGUCACUUGCUGCUGGAAGAUGACAAGAUUCUGGUUUGCAGUGGGCUGGACCUGAAAGAUUUUUUCUACCAGUUCACGGACCCAGUCUGGGUUGGCUUAUCCACGUUGGCCAUGGGCGACACCAUGGCCGUAGAGUUUGCACAAGCAGGCCAUAUUGGGUUGUGUCUUCAACAUGGUGUAGCUGCUGUCGAUGAGUUGAUAACGCUGCAUGGUUCUUUGCCCAGAGGGCUGCUCCAAGUGGGGGUUAUAGUUGACGAUUUGAUCUUCUUAGAGCAGGUCAUUCGCGAGCUCCCCCUAGAUGAAUGUGAACUGGAGUCUGAUCGACGGGUGGCAAAUGCUGAAGCGGCUUAUAGGCGCGCUGGCUUGAUUCACAACCCUGGCAAAACCUUCAAGAAGCAAGUUUGUGCUCGUUUUUGGGGGCUAGAGGUCGACGGUGACAAAGGGCUGAUUAGGUCUUCUUCUUUGCGCUUUUGGCCGGUUGCUUUCAUUACUAUGAGAGUUGUUUCAUUGGGGCUUGCUACUAUUGGGUUGCUUGAAGCACUUGCAGGGUCUUGGGUUUCAUUGUAUGGUAUUCGGAGGAGAAUGUUUUGCUGCUUGGAUGUCAUCUUUGAGCCGUUGUGCGUAGAGGACCAAAAAGCUGUAGUGAGACUCUCCCCUGACAUCAUUGCAGAGCUCACUGUGCUGGUGGUGCUUGGACCCUUAGCUGCUGUGAAUUUGCGGGCCACUUACUUGAACCAGGUGAUAGCCACUGACGCGUCCGGCGAUUGCAUGGCGGUGGCCGCACCUUGCCCUGCAGCUGUGGUCAAAGAAGUGUCUCGGCAUGCGCUGAAGAAAGGCAUUUGGACGAAAUUACUCCCCAGCUCUAGAGCUCGCGACCGAGUGCACGGCAUCCUGGAGGUUGAAGAUGAGGUGCCGGGUGAGCGCAUCAGAGGGCACCCCUUGUGGAACUUGAUGGCUCGUGCACUGGACUAUGAGGUGCUCUGGAGAGAGUUUGUGUCUCGGCCCACCCACAUCAACAUACUAGGGCUUCGAGCCUAUCUUCGAGAAGAGAAGAGGUUGGCGUCCAGACGCCAAUCGGUUCGAGUCCUCUCAGGGCUUGACUCUCAAGUGGCGCUAGGGGCUCUGGUGAAGGGUCGAUCGUCCAGCCGAGCACUGAAUAAUGAGAUGCGUCGUUUUUUGGGGCCUGCUUUGGGCGCAGACAUCUAUAGCUUGCACAUGUACUAUGACACGGCAUACAAUCCUGCUGAUGAUCCCACUCGAGAUAGACAAGUUCGGACCGCCGCAACUACCAAACCUCCUUGGUGGCGAGCAGUGGAGCAAGGGAGCGACUUUGAGUUGGGGCAAUGGCUGCGACGGCAUGGAACAACCGAUGAUUUUUCUGGCGUUAAUCUUGGAGAGCUUUGCAGCCAUGAUGCCAUCGAUUUGCGCCCCCAGAGACUUGUCAGAAAUGACCCUUUGCACCAGGAGGCGCCCGCCGUGCGUGCACGUCGAUCGGCACAGUCGUCCUCACCUUCGAGUGAUGAAGAUUGCAGCUGCCCCUUUGGCGAAGCUGCGCUUGCAGUCCUGAGGUCUUUCAAGAAAAGCCAAUUUGUUGUGACAGAAGGUGAGCCUGAUUUCAUGAAAGCUGGAGCACUGGAUCUUUUUUCUGGAAGGGGCGGUGUAGCCCGACAGAUGGUGAAGCUGGACGUGCCUUGGAAUGAAUCCAGACACUUCAUGGUGGUGGAGACAGCGGCGGUGGAGAAGGCACAGGGAUUCUCGGAGCUUGACUUUGUUCCGCCUGUGCUUCUGUCGGUUCGGCUGUCGAUGGAAGAAACCAACGCGCAUAGCGACAAACACUGCCUUAGCUGGAGUGCGCAUGUGGUGUCAAUGUGCGCAACGUCAUUUGCAACUGCGAGGCACCUGCAGCGCGAGGAAGCUUCCAUGGACACAGAUAGCCGAGCCCUAUCCUAG